AUGGCACCCGUGGUCAUGACACUAUUGGUCAUGGCGCCCGUGGUUGUGGUGCCCGUGGAUGAGGAUCCGAUUCCUGAGGUCCCAAUCCGGCCUGUUUCUCUAGUUGAGCUCGUAGCGCCCGUACCUAUAAUUGCUCCGGCUCCCCCACCUAUUCCCCCUCCUCAGCCUGCUGUUCUAGUUUCGGAAGCUCCUGCUCCACUGGUCGCACCUGUGCCUCUGCCUGAGACCCGUCAGCUAGUUACCGCUGAGGUUUCUGGGCAGUCUGAUUUACCACGAUUUAGUGCGAUAACUCGAGAGUUCCGGGAGCAUGAUCCCCCUGAGGUUUAG